AAUUGCUUAUCCUUUAAUGCUAUUUUUCCCGUAUUGUUUAAUUCUUUCCUUUUGUUAUUCAUGCCAGAAUAAAAACUCAUAUUUAUUAUUAAUGAACACAUAAUUAUAUUUAUAUAGUAUGUGAAAUGUGAUAUAAUUUAUUUGUAAAAAAUGCCUAAGGAACAAUAUCGUGAAACUUACGUGGGGAGAAAAAUUUCCCAUGUAACAUUUAAUGUGGACAGUGCAUCAGCUAUACAGAAUGCUGCUCACAUUCAGGUUAUCACGAAGAAUCUAUAUGCACAAGAUGGCCAGAGGGUGCCUGCCGCAUAUGGUGUUUUGGAUCGACGCAUGGGCACAAAUCAGAAGGAUGCCAACUGUGAGACUUGUGGCCUGGGCUUGGCGGAAUGUGUUGGACACUAUGGUUACAUAGAACUGGCUCUGCCAGUGUUUCAUGUUGGUUACUUCCGCUCUAUCAUCACCAUACUGCAGACUAUUUGUAAAGAAUGUGGUAAAGUAAUGCUGCAGGAGAGCCUGAAAAAAUCCUAUCGCCGAAAAUUCAUGCACCCUGAACUGACAUAUCUACAUAAAAAGAGUCUUCGAGCCGCUGUGCUCAAGAAGGCCAAAACGUGCACCAAGUGUCCCUCGUGUGAUGCUCUAAACGGUAUGGUCAAGAAGAGCCCUGCUGGAAUCCUCAAGAUUAUCCAUGACAAGUAUAGAAAUAAAAAAUCGUCUGAUCCUAUUGUGAAGAGAGUGUUGAAAGAUUUCAAUGAUGCUAAGGAGUCUAAUAAGGAACUAGCUGCCAUGAUAAACAGUGGUCUUAUUAUAGAGUUGAAUCCAUUGACGGUACUGAAUUUAUUUCGUCGGAUACCAGACGAGGAUAUCCCACUGCUGGGCAUGAACGUAAGCCUCACGCGGCCCGAAGACUUGAUCCUCACCCGGCUGCCAGUUCCACCACUUUGUAUCAGACCCAGUGUAGCGUCAGAAAUGAAAGCUGGCACAAACGAAGACGACCUCACCAUGAAGCAGUCAGAGAUCCUGCUAAUCAACGACGUGAUAUCACGGCACAUGGCGAGCGGUGGCAAGAGCGAGCUGGUGCAGGAGGACUGGGACUACCUGCAGCUGCACGCCGCCCUCUACAUCAACAGCGAGAUGUCCGGCAUACCGUUGUCUAUGCAGCCGAAGAAACCAGGCCGCGGGCUGGUGCAGCGCCUGAAGGGCAAGCAGGGCAGGUUCCGCGGUAACUUGUCCGGGAAGCGCGUGGACUUCUCCAGUCGCACUGUCAUCUCGCCAGACCCCAAUCUGCAGAUACAAGAGGUGGGUGUGCCAGUGCACGUGGCGAAGAUCCUUACGUACCCGGAGCAGGUGUUUCCGGCGAACCUGGCGUGGCUGCGGCAGCUGGUGUGCAACGGGCCCGAUGUGCACCCCGGCGCCAACUACGUACAGCAGCGCGGCCUCCACCACAAGAAGUACCUCAAGUACGGCAACCGGGAGAAGAUCGCGCAGGAGCUCAAGUGCGGUGACAUAGUGGAGCGCCACCUGGUGGACGGUGACGUGGUGCUGUUCAACCGGCAGCCGUCGCUGCACAAGCUCUCCAUCAUGUGUCACCGCGCCAAGGUGCAGCCGCAGAGAACCUUCAGGUUCAACGAGUGCGUAUGUACUCCAUACAAUGCGGACUUCGACGGCGACGAGAUGAACAUGCACCUGCCGCAGACCGAGGAGGCGCGCGCCGAGGCACUCAUACUAAUGGGGAACAAGUCGAAUUUGGUGACGCCACGCAACGGUGAGCUGCUGAUCGCGGCGACGCAGGACUUUAUCACGGGCGGGUACUUACUGACGCAGCGCGACACAUUCCUCACUCAAGGGGAGGCGCAGCAGCUGGCCGCCUGUCUACUGGCCGGUCCUGACAGCACCAUGAACAUUGACAUGCCUCCCCCGGCCAUACUCAAGCCGGCGAUGCUCUGGACUGGCAAGCAGAUAUUUAGUUUGAUCAUGAAGCCAAACAAGCGGUGUGAGGUGAAAGCGAACCUCGAGACGAAGGGCAAGAAUUACACCGGCAACGCGGACAUGUGCGUGCAGGACUCCUAUGUAAUAAUAAGAAAUUCAGAGCUAGUGUGCGGAUCGAUGGAUAAGAGCACCCUCGGAUCUGGCACCAAGAGCAGCAUCUUCUACAUCCUGCUGCGUGACUGGGGCGAGGAGUACGCCGUCAGGGGCAUGUGGAGGCUGGCGCGCAUGGCCUCCUACUACAUGAUGAACCGGGGGUUCAGCUUCGGCAUCAUCGACGUCACGCCCGGCAAGAAACUCAUCGAGGCCAAGAACAAGCUGCUCGACAGUGGGUACUCCAAAUGUGACGGGUACAUCCUGGAGAUGGAGAAGGGCACCCUGCAGUGCCAGCCCGGCUGCACCAUGGAGGAGACCCUCGAGGCUGUCAUGCUGAGCGAGCUGAGUAGUAUCAGAGAGUUAGCAGCAAAAGCGUGCUUCAGAGAGCUGCACCCGACUAAUGCGCCCCUCAUUAUGGCACAAAGCGGCUCCAAAGGUUCAAACAUCAACAUAUCGCAAAUGAUCGCGUGCGUGGGCCAGCAGGCCCUCAACGGGAAGCGAGUGCCCAACGGCUUCGAGGACCGCUCGCUGCCGCACUUCGAGAGACACUCCAAAAUCCCCGCGGCGCGCGGUUUCGUGGAGAACAGCUUCUACACGGGGCUGACGCCCACCGAGUUCUUCUUCCACACAAUGGGCGGCCGCGAGGGGCUCGUCGAUACCGCCGUCAAGACCGCCGAGACUGGCUACCUCCAGCGCAGGCUCGUCAAGAACAUUGUGUGUGGCGGGCAGUCGCUGGAGGACCUGGUGCUGCACUACGACAUGACGGUGCGCAACGCGACGGGCGAGGUGGUGCAGUUCCGCUACGGCAGCGACGGGCUGGACCCCGCCUGCAUGGAGGGCCGCGGCCGCCCCGUGCACCUGCCGCGCGUGCUGGCCGACGUGCGCGCGCGCUGCCACGCACGGGACGAGGAGCCCCUGGACGGGGACGGGAUCGUGCUGGCUGCCGAGGAAACACUUGCACUGGACGACUUCAAGACCUGCACACCGGAGUUCAAGAAUGAAUUGCUGACGUUCCUGAAGUCGGAGGCGGAGCGCGUGCGCGCGGUGCAGGCGGCGCUGGGCCGCCAGGUGGCGCGGCUGUCGCUGGCGCAGCUGGUGCGCUUCGUGCGCGUGUGCCACGACAAGUACCAGCGCAGCGUCAUCGAGCCCGGCACCGCCGUCGGCGCGCUCGCCGCGCAGAGUAUAGGCGAGCCAGGCACCCAGAUGACCCUGAAGACCUUCCACUUCGCCGGUGUCGCGUCCAUGAACAUCACGCAGGGUGUGCCGCGGGUGAAGGAGAUCAUCAACGCGUCCAAGAAUAUAUCCACGCCCAUCAUCACGGCCGAGCUGAUGAAUCCGGAGGAUCAGGAGUUCGCCAGAAGAGUGAAGGGGAGAAUAGAGAAGACCACACUAGGAGAGAUCACGACGUACAUAGACGAGGUGUACCUGCCCAACGAGUGCUUCCUGCUGAUCAGGCUGGACGCGGAGAGGAUACGGCUGCUCUGUCUCGAGGUCAACGUGCAUUCCAUCGUGUAUUCAAUUUGCACGUCCAAACUGAAGGUGAAGCCGGGCAACAUCCAGGUAGUGUCAGAGUGGGCGAUCAAGGUGUCGAGCGAGGCGGGCAAGCACGGCGGCUGGCUGAACAUGGGGCUGCAGCAGCUGGCGCGGCAGCUGCCUUCUGUCGUCGUCAAGGGCCUGCCGCAGGUCGCCAGAGCCGUCAUCGCCUGCGACGACGCGCACGGCACUACCAGAUACAAGCUAUGCGUAGAGGGCGACGGGCUGCGGGACGUCAUAGCGACGUACGGAGUCAACGGGAACAAGACCACCUCCAAUAAUAUUCUAGAGGUGUACCAGACGCUGGGCAUCGAGGCGGCCAAGUCGACAAUCAUCAGCGAGAUCCAGGCGGUGAUGGCGGGGCACGGCAUGAGCGUGGACCGGCGGCACGUGGAGCUGCUGGCGGGCCAGAUGACGGCGCGCGGCGAGGUGCUCGGCAUCACGCGCUACGGGCUCGCGCGCAUGAAGGAGUCCGUGCUCAACCUCGCCAGCUUCGAAAAGACAGCCGACCACCUGUUCGACGCGGCUUACUACGGCCAGUGCGACCGUAUCGAGGGCGUAUCGGAGUCCAUCAUCCUGGGCGUGCCGGCCGCCAUCGGCACCGGCCUGCUGCAGCUGCUGCACCACCACCCGCCCGCCGCCGCCAGCCCGCGCCCCAGGGAGCUGCUCUUCGACCGCCCAGAGUAUCAUGCCUCGAUAUGGGACUGAGCUAAUAAAUGCAUUUUGUACAUAUUU